CGUAAAGACAAAGAGAGGCAAGUCACUUUUAUCAAGUUGACCAGUUAUUGACAAGCGUAUACCUUUAUAUACAUUGAUAUUAACUUGCAAUUAUUUUUCGAAUUGUAUACACUAUUUUCUAGUAUAUUCUUUGGGCUAAUCACGGUACAUGUUUGUUAAUUAAGAAGGCCUUAUUUGUGUCAGAAGAUCGUCGAAAAACAAGGGGUAUCAGAAACUUCAAUCAAUCAUUAAGCACUGUAUGGAUGGCUGAAAGUGGCACAAGACCUGAUGAACUGGAAAGAUUCCGAAGACAGGGCAGUGUGUCCAGCAAAGGAGACCUGAUUCAGUGGGAAAAUACCUCCGUUGAGACAUGCACUAUACUGAGCUGGCUCGGUUUCGGACCGGAGCUCAUACAGGCUCGGAGAGACGCAUAUCGGGAGUAUGGCAAGCUGUGGACUGCAAGGGCAUGUGGAACGGCAACGUUUAUUACAACGGGUAGCAAAGGUGAGGGGCUGAGCAGCUACUUGGAAAGUGAUGUGGAUAUAAUGGCUGUAGAUAAUAGAGUAUUCUGUUUAGAAGAUGAUGUAAAGUCAUGUGCCUUUCCUGGGGAGAUAACCGUGUUGAGAUCACUCAGCCGUAUGAGUUACCAUGGUCACUGUAGACUGCUACUGGAGAGACGCGGUACAACCAUUCACAGGCACGUACGUGAUGCGUUUUGUGAUGACGGAUAUGGUCGCGAACUUUUGAGCAGUGACUUGUAUGUUAAUAACUGGUCGAAAGAAGACUUGACUAAGGGCGAGGUGCAGCAUGAGCGUGCGGGACCGUCAAUUCCUAGAACAGUGUAUGGACACUUGCACAGCGACUUAGUCCAUGCAUUACGUUACUACUGUCCCAACAUCCUGUCAAAAUGGGCCGCAAGACCUCGCCACUGGCCGCCACCGGAAGUCGUUCAGCAGGUCGUAUCACUUGGGGCAGUUCUUACGCCCGUUGGUUUUAAAGGAAGUGAACAUCAGCAUGUUGAAUGGCGAGUGUGUUUUAACGCCGGUGAGAUCGAACUAAUUAGCAAUCUUAAUGACACUCAAACUAAAUUGUAUGUUUUAUUGAAAAUGAUAAAGAACGAUGUAUUACAUCCACGUAAGAAAGAAGUUACAUCGUACACAUUAAAAAACAUCGUUUUAUGGAUGGCGGAAAAUAAUCCUCAAGCCUCGUUUCAUAAAAAAAGUAUUUUGCAGUGGUUGCAUGAAGCAUUGGAUGCGCUUAGAGUUGCAUUGAUCACCUUAGAGCUACCAUACUAUAUGAUUCCAGAAAGGAAUUUGAUGGCAACCUCUGGACUGGAUGAGGAACAGCAACGCACAUGGAUAUCAACGAUUACAGAUAUGCUCAAUGAAGGUCCGAAGAUGAUACUUAGACUUCCUAAGAUACGAAAAUCUCUCAUUGCUCACCCUGAACCAUUACGAUGGUACAGCGGGAGGAGAAUAGAGCUGGAGUUGUUGUGGCUCAUGCGCAUGAACAGACUGGCAAUCUGCAGGGAUGAGAACGGGAGGGUUGACUAUACCGAUGCGAUUGUGCAGGCAUUAGACAGACGAAUAAACGAGGUUAUAACGGAUGUUGGCGUGAGGAUGAUAAUGGAAGGGAGUCGAGUUACCAACGCGGAUGCUAUUUUGAAUAGAAUUCUGAUGUAAAACGUUAACGAUGAUCAAUAGAUCACUAACAAGGCGCGGACAACACGUAUUUAUAACUUUUGAGUACAUAUUGUCUUUAACGAAUCACCGAUCAUUGUUGCCAAGAACGUGAAAAUUAUACAACUUAUUGUAAUAGUGAUUUGUUCAGUAAUUGAAGUUUGACUUGCAGACGUUCGUUUCACUUUUUAAAAAUGUGCACAAUUUUACAAAAGAUUUGUUUACAGUAGGCUGUAAACUUUACCGAAACAAUAAAUUUCGAUACAUUUUAUUAAAAAAUGUCAAUCGCAUAGAUAACAGUAGUUUGCAAAAUAAAGUUAUGUAAUGUAAUUUUUCUACAUUGCAUAUAUCUUAACAAAAUAUGUACGUAUCGCGCUUGGAAACCAGCGGUAUAAUUUCAAGUUAUGCAUAUAUUACUUUUUAUGUCCCCCACUAUAGUAGUGUGGGACAUUUUGUUUUUCCCUGUCUGUUGGUUGGUCUGUUGGUCUGUUGGUUGGUUGGUUUGCGCCAACUUUAACAUUUUGCAAUAACUUUUGCUAUAUUGAAUAUAGCAACUUGAUAUUUGGCAUGCAUUUGUAUCUCAUGGAGCUGCACAUUUUGAGGAGUGGUAAAAGGUCAAGGUCAAUCUUCAAGGUCAGAGGUCAAAUAUAUGUGGCAAAAAUCGCUCAUUUUAUGAAUACUUUUGCAAUAUUGAAGAUAGCAACUUGAUAUUUGGCAUGCAUGUGUAUCUCAUGGAGUUGCACAUUUUGAGUGGUGAAAGGUCAAGGUCAGGGUCAUCUUUAUAGGUCAAAUAUAUGAGUCAAAAUUGCUCAUGUAAUGUAACUCCUGCAAUAUUGAACCUAGCAAUUUUAUAUUUGACAUGCAUGUGUAUCUCAUGGAGUUGCACAUAUUGAGUGGUGAAGGGUCAAGGUCAUCCUUCAAGGUCAAACGUCAUAUAGGGGGACAUUGUGUUUCACAAACACAUCUUGUUAGAACUAAUAGUAGUAACUCAUUUUGUCCACGUAUGUAGAAAUGUGACUUGUGUUUAUUUGCGUAAGCAUGCUAGGAAAUAAAGUGUGUUUGUGUCAUUUGUAUCUCAUCUUCUUAUCUAAAUGUUCACUUGGUUUAUGAUUGGUAUUGAUAACGCAUUUGCACUGAAUGAAUAUAUGUGUUACUGACAGUUACUGAGUCCACAGGUAUUGUUGUAAUUGCUGUAAAUGUGUCGAUAAUAUUCUUGUUUUUCUUGUUGAGUAGAAACAUUGUUGUGAUUUGUAAUAUUGAUCAAAAAGUAUUGAACACAUGUUUGCACUUAUCGAUAAAAAUGGUGCAUAUCUGUGUUCAUUCCUAUUUUUAAAAUGUCUUCAAUAACGCUUGUGUUGCAUUCACUAAUAAGAAAUAAAGUACAGUUGUUUUAUGCAAA